AUGUCUUUCCAACACCAUCCCUAUAAUCCCAACUCUUCUAGAACAAAACGAGAACGUUUUAAUUGGUCCUCUUUCAUGGAGAAUCAAGCUGAGGGUGUUGGUUCUUCUUCAUCAUCAAGUAAUUCACAUAAUAAUCAGUUAUUGAUUACAACUACUAUUCAACCACAGCAUCAUCAUCAACAGAAUCAACAACCAACACUUUCAGAUGCUUCUUCAUCCAAUAAUUCACAUGCCACCAAAUCAUCUCCACAUGAUAAUUCAAUUCUGAUUCAUCAAUCCAAAAAGCAACAAGAUGAAACCCCUAUGAAACAACAACAUUCCAUGCCACGCUAUUUUGGUGACACACCUUUAAUGUCAGCUAGCAAUUCUAUGGCAACCCAACCCUCUUACAUGAACGAACAUCAAGGGAUCCAAAUACUACCCCAUCCAACCACUAUUAUCAAUCCUCCAAUCACACAAACAAAUAUCUUGAACAGUCCCUUGACUAUUCAAGGCAACAACACAAUGCCCAUUACCAUUCAGCAACCACAUGGGAUUAUGAGGAUGACAAACAACAAUACAGAGACAAGAAAGUCAAACAACAAGAAGGAAUAUCAACAACAUGGAAAAGAGAAAGAGGAAUAUAAUAUUCGACUACCUUCCAUUUUUGAAUGGUGGCAUGAAGAUAGUCCUCCAACAUCAUCUAGCUCUCCUUCAAACAAUCCUUUCAGUUUUCCUCCUGCUUCCACGAAUACCCAAUUUUUUGACAAGACUCAUUCACCACCUCCUUCUUCUUCAUUUGUUCCAAUUUCGAAUUAUCAUGACCAACAUGCCAAUUCUACUACGAGUUUUACUACUUUUCGGAAGAAACGUCAUUCCCCAGAUUCACAUGCAGCCAUAUCUCACGAUUUCACACAAAUAGUAGCACAUCAACAGCUGUUAGAUAAUAGUCCUCGUUCUCAAUCUCCUCCAAAUAAUAACAAUAUUAAUAAUUUGAAUAAUUCUAUUAACAGUAGUGGAAGACAUAACACAGUAACAAGUAAUAUUUCUUCUACUCUAAAUGCUACUCCAACAAGUCAAUUAUCAAAAAAGAGGAAAACCACAAAACCUACUGCCACUGUAAUGAUACCCUCAACGAGUUCAAUCGCUCCACAACAAGAUUCCUUUCUUUUACAAAAUGAAUAUGAACAAUUUAAUAAGGGAGAGCAUGAAAUGCAGAAAAAAGGAAGAGGAGAAAAGAUUUUCAAAUAUUCUUACUAUCAAUAUAACAAUACGAGUUCAAACAAUAAGCAAUAA